ACUAUUCCGAUUUGUCACUUGGGUAGAUCACUGAAAUUUCCUAAUUCUGCAAAUUCAGCGAUGUCCCCUCACUAUAGUCUUCACCCGGAACUACAGAAGUUGGUAGACGAUUUUACUUCCGUUCGAAUGAGGACUGCUGACCUCGUAAAAGUAUUUACGGAUCAACAGCUGCAGCUUCAGACAUUGCAGACUAAGCUAAAAAAUGCCAAUAAGGAUAUAUCUACCAUGAAGCAAAUCAAAAAUGAUAACGACCGCCUUACCAGAUCUUAUGAGCAGCUGAAGCGUGACUAUGACGUGCUUUAUUCAUCAAAUGAAAAACAUAGGGACGAAUUACGUAAAGAGAAUCGGAAACAAAUUCAAGAUUUAGAGGUAGAGUUGAGAGCAGCAAGAGCAAAGAUAUCACAACAGAGUGAGUUGCACCAGAAGAGCAUUACGCAGAUAGUUGUUGACUAUGAGACUAAACUGCGAGAUGCCAAUGAGAAGAUUUGUCAGCUGACCCAAAGCAGACAUGAGACUUCAGAAGUCAGAAUUACUGAGGAUAAUCCGUUCCUAUUCCCGAAGAGUCUGACAACCCCACGUAACGUCAAUAAAAAGUGGCCAGAGCUGGCGGUGGAGAUAAAGUCACAGGGAAGUGCAACAAGAGGUCGUGGAAGGGGAAGAGGAAAAGGUACUGGGUCAAAAAGGAAACUCUUCGUUUCUAACAACGACAUACCGAUGGAUAUCUGA